AUGGAAAUGCAUUUUCCGCAAAAAACGGAGCUUCUACCGAUAAUACCGAUGAUGCAGUUAUUAUUGAUGUUCAAAGAAAGGAAAAAUGUAAAAUUCAAGACUGCAAAUGAACUACAAUUUUUUAUAAUAACUUUAAUUCCAGUAGCCGCUGAGAGAGUGAAGCGUGAAUCAAAAGACGCCCGAGAGGGAAAACAACUACUAUUAUUACAAGCCAGACAAACGACUAACGAGAAGCAGCUUAGUCUAGAGUGUGAGGCGACAUUGGGUAAAAAAGGAACAUGCAAGAGCUUCCGUGAUUGUUACCCGCUUUUUAAAGUAGUCGAUCUCUCUGGCCUCGAUGGAUGGGUAAUGGGUCACUACGACACAUGCAGUUAUAAAGACAACGAUAACAAAGAGGUGUAUGGUGUAUGUUGCACGGAGCCAGUAGGAACACCUCCGCAACAGGAACCAGAUGUUCAACGUCUCGGUUUACUGCAGCCGACGUAUCCCUUAUCUUACGCGAAACCUCUGGUACCAAAGCCGCUCGCAGCACAAUGGCCAUUUAACAACUACCCAAAUUGGCCACCUACCAUACCGCCACUACCGACUCAUCCGCCAAACCACACAGCUGCUACACAUCCACCAUCACUUGGCGUUACCACUCCAAAACCUGAAAUUCCAUCAAAUACGCCCCCCACCACUACCUGGGGUACGAAGCCUCCAGCUAGCACCACAAAACAGACUUGGUCUCCGGCAUAUCCUACUCAACCUACUAAGCCUCCUGGUCAGCCUGCCGUUGUCACUUCUUGUGGAAUCAAGAAUGGACCACAGGCAUAUGGCAGUACAUACGAAUCUAAAGACGAGGAACGUAUCGUCGGCGGACACAACGCAGAACUUAAUGAAUGGCCGUGGAUAGUGGCGUUGUUCAACAACGGCAGACAAUUCUGCGGUGGUUCACUUAUUGAUGACUCUCACGUUAUUUCUGCCGCGCAUUGUGUUGCACACAUGACAUCAUGGGACGUAGCACGCCUGACAGCAAGACUUGGUGACUACAACAUACGUACAAACAGCGAAACACAACACGUGGAACGAAAAAUCAAGAGGGUGGUCCGGCAUCGUGGAUUUGAUAUGCGUACUUUGUACAAUGAUGUAGCAAUUUUGACUCUGGACCAACCCGUAACAUUUACUAAGAAUAUUCGCCCGAUCUGCUUGCCCAGUGGCGGUCGGGCAUAUUCGGGUCAGAUCGCGACUGUUAUCGGCUGGGGAAGUUUACGAGAAAGUGGCCCUCAACCUUCAAUUUUACAAGAGGUGUCGAUUCCUAUCUGGACUAACGCGGAAUGUCGCCUAAAGUACGGUUCAGCUGCGCCUGGAGGAAUUGUUGACCACAUGAUUUGCGCUGGUAAAGCUAGCAUGGACUCUUGCAGUGGUGACAGUGGUGGUCCACUCAUGGUGAACGAGGGUGGUCGUUGGACUCAAGUGGGUAUCGUAUCAUGGGGUAUUGGCUGUGGCAAGGGACAGUACCCAGGAGUCUACACGCGAGUCACCGCCUUCUUACCAUGGAUACAGAAGAACUCAAAAUAAAAAAAUAGUAGUAUUUACAUUCAAGGAUUUCGACAUAUCUUAUGUAAGGGCUGUGCCACUUGACAAUAUUUUUAGCAGUAAUUUGAUAUUUGUAUGUUUAUAUGUAUUUCAAUGUUUACUAUCCCUAUUGUGCGGUUAAAACAUAAGUUGAGGUAUAUUUCCUAUUAGAAAAUUAUAUUACAAGUAAUAUAAUUUUAUACAAUUGAUUUCUAUUUUAUUAUACCAAAUACGUGUACUUGGAACUACGGCACACUUUAAUUUAGAAAGAAAGGAGUCUAAUUCUGUCGUGCAACAUCUUUAAGAAAAGUGAGAAAAAAGUAGUAAAAAUAUUAAAAUAACUAAAGUGGCCGUGGUAAAUGUUGUUUUUUUUUUUGGUUUAAGAAAAAAAUCAAUUAUCUUAAGAAAAACAACUUAACUGUAGUCUUGUCUUUCUUAAUAAAUUGGUUAAUUUUAUACUCAUUAAAUACGAAUAUUACGCCUUUAAAUUGUGCCAAUAUAGUUUAAGUACUAUAAAUAAAUAAACGAAUACCUUGA